AGGUGGACACUCACUGACCUGUCACAAGGUUACUCUGCAAAGCUUUGGGGUCCAUGCCUGAAUGGAUUGCUGUAGCCUUCUCAUCUCUCCCUUCGCCCAGUUCCCUGCAUCCUAAGACUCGAAGCCAGCACAGAGCCUGGAAAAAUUACAUGGUGUGAACGGCAUGUCUGUGGAUGAGAAGCCUGACUCCCCCAUGUAUGUGUAUGAGUCCACAGUCCACUGCACCAACAUCCUCCUGGGCCUCAAUGACCAGCGGAAAAAGGAUAUUCUCUGUGACGUGACUCUGAUCGUGGAAAGGAAGGAGUUCCGGGCCCACCGGGCUGUGCUGGCCGCAUGCAGUGAAUACUUCUGGCAGGCGCUGGUUGGGCAGACGAAAAAUGACUUGGUGGUCAGCUUGCCUGAGGAGGUCACGGCCAGGGGCUUUGGGCCUCUGCUACAGUUUGCCUACACUGCCAAACUAUUACUCAGCAGAGAAAACAUCCGCGAGGUCAUCCGCUGUGCUGAGUUCCUGCGCAUGCAUAACCUGGAGGACUCCUGCUUCAGCUUCCUGCAGACCCAGCUCCUGAACAGUGAGGAUGGCCUGUUCGUGUGCCGGAAGGACACGGCGUGCCAGCGCCCGCACGAGGACCGUGAGAACUCCGCGGGAGAGGAGGAGGAGGAGGAGGAGGAGACGAUGGACUCCGAGACGGCCAAGAUGGCGUGCCCCAGGGACCAGAUGCUUCCAGACCCCAUCAGCUUUGAGGCCACCGCCAUCCCAGUAGCCGAGAAGGAAGAAGCUUUGCUGCCCGAGUCGGAUGUGCCGGCCGACACCAAGGAGAGCUCUGAAAAGGACGCGUUAACACAGUACCCCAGAUACAAGAAAUACCAGCUUGCAUGUACCAAGAAUGUCUACAAUGCAUCAUCACACAGUACCUCAGGUUUUGCAAGCACAUUCAGUGAAGAGAACUCUAGCAACAGCCUCAAGCCGGGGCUUGCCGUGGGGCAGAUUAAAAGUGAGCCGCCCAGUGAGGAGAACGAGGAAGAGAGCAUCACGCUCUGCCUGUCCGGAGAUGAGCCUGACAGCAAGGAACGAGCGGGUGAUAUCGAAAUGGACCGGAAACAGCCCAGCCCCGCCCCCGGCCCCGCCCCCGCCGCCGGGGCCACCUGCCUGGAGAGAUCCAGGAGCGUGUCUUCCCCCUCCUGUUUAAGGUCUCUGUUCAGCAUAAAAAAUAGUGUGGAGUUGUCUGGCCUGCCCAGUACCUCUCAGCAGCACUUUGCCAGGAGUUCAGCGUGCCCUUUUGACAAGGGGAUCACUCAGGGUGACCUUAAAACUGACUACGCCCCUUUCCCGGGGAAUUACGGACAGCCCCACCUGGGCCAGAAGGACCCGUCCAACUUCACCAUGGGGUCGCCCCUCAAGGGGCCUGGGUUGGAGGCUCUCUGUAAACAGGAAGGAGAGCUGGACCGGAGAAGUGUGAUCUUCUCCUCGAGCGCUUGUGACCAAGUGAGCACUGCGGUGCAUUCGUAUUCUGGGGUAAGCAGUUUGGACAAAGACCUCUCCGAGCCGGUGCCAAAGGGUCUGUGGGUGGGGGCUGGCCAGUCCCUCCCCAGCUCACAGGCCUACGCCCACGGUGGGCUGAUGGCUGACCAUUUGCCAGGAAGGAUACGGCCCAACACUAGCUGCCCGGUGCCGAUCAAAGUCUGCCCUCGCUCGCCCCCCUUGGAGACCAGGACCAGGACUUCCAGCUCAUGCUCCUCCUAUUCCUACGCAGAGGAUGGGAGCGGGGGCUCACCCUGCAGCCUCCCUCUCUGUGAGUUCUCCUCCUCGCCCUGUUCCCAGGGAGCCAGAUUCCUAGCCACAGAACAUCAGGAACCAGGCCUGAUGGGAGAUGGAAUGUACAACCAAGUCCGACCCCAAAUUAAAUGUGAGCAGUCUUAUGGAACCAACUCCAGCGACGAAUCCGGAUCGUUCUCGGAAGCAGACAGUGAGUCGUGUCCCGUGCAGGACAGGGGCCAGGAGGUCAAACUUCCCUUUCCUGUAGAUCAAAUCACAGAUCUUCCAAGGAACGAUUUCCAGAUGAUGAUUAAGAUGCACAAGCUAACCUCAGAACAGUUAGAGUUCAUUCACGACGUCCGACGGCGCAGCAAGAACCGCAUCGCGGCCCAGCGCUGCCGCAAGAGGAAACUAGACUGUAUUCAGAAUUUGGAAUGUGAAAUCCGCAAAUUGGUGUGUGAGAAAGAGAAGCUGUUGUCAGAGAGGAACCAACUGAAAGCCUGCAUGGGGGAGCUGCUGGACAACUUCUCCUGCCUUUCCCAGGAAGUCUGCCGCGACAUCCAGAGCCCUGAGCAGAUCCAGGCCCUGCACCGGUACUGCCCCGUCCUCAGACCCGUGGGCCUCCCCGCAGCCUCCAGUAUUAACCCCGCGCCCUUGGGCGUCGAGCAGAACCUGGCCGCCGCGCAGUGUGCGGUGGGCGAAAGCGCGCCCUGCUGCUUGGAGCCCGGAGCGGCUCCCCCCGGCCCCCCCUGGGCCCCCGGCUGCGCCCCGGAGAACUGUACUUCCGGGAGGAGGCCGGAGGGCGCUGAGCCGGGAACCUUCUCAGAGAGGGCGCCUCCUCUUGAAUCCAGGAGCCAGACGGUGACCGUGGACUUCUGCCAGGAGAUGACUGACAAGUGUACGACUGACGAGCAGCCCCGGAAAGAGUACACCUAGUGACCCGGCCCGCCUUCCAGUUCUCCCACGUCUCCCCCCGACCCCCCAGGGGGUUCCUCGGUCAGCCUGCGGUGCUGUUCAUCUGUUGUCUGGAAGAACCAAGAAGGAAUUUGGUGCACACUACAGCGUUCUUAGCAGCAAUACUGUUUCUAAGUAUUCCCUCCUCUCUCCACGCGGGAGUGAUACACAGUUCCCUUCACAAUGGUGCUACCCCUUGCCCAGGCAAGGAAAGACGGCGGUGGUGACGCUGCCUGUCUGUGGGUUAAUUUCAGUCUCAACAGGGAUAGACUAUAACACCUCUAGGACCCAACCACGGAUUUUUUUUCUCAGUGGCCCAUGUCACAAACCCUAUCUCAGGAAUUUCUUCUGAAUGUUCAAUUUUUUCAUUGAAGACAGCUUCUAUACACAUCAAAGUUUUAUAGCUAGACUGUACAUAUUAUAUAUAAUAUAUAUAUAAAAUAUAUAUAUAUCCAUAUGCAAAAGUCCUGCAUGCCUCAAUUUUCUCAUCCUGAAACUGGAAACUUCAUUUCUCGUUUAUCAACAGGUUCCAACAUUCCUCUUCUUUUGUCUCCGAUGCUAGAACUAGUUUGGUAACUGUUAACAUAGUCAUUUUUCUUGCUUCACAGUUCAAUUUCAGUUUGUACUUAUUUAUGGAACAGAAUUCAAUGUUGGAAGCUUUUCUUUUUGAGGUUUUAUUUCAGACCCUUUUUCUGUUGUUGUUUGGUUUGCUUUGGGCACCAUCGGCCGGUGUCCUCGGAGUGUCGUGGGUUUGUUGUUUUUUUUCUUG